GAAGCAUCAAAUCCAUCGCCAUAUAUAUAUAUAGAUAUAUAGAGAGAGAAAAGAUGAAUAUAAAUACAAAUACAAUGUAUAUAUGCACGUGAAAUCCCAAUAAUUUCUCAUGCAACAGUGGGGUCCGCCCCUAGCCUUGAGCAGGCAGGAAGCCCCUCGGCCAUUUGUUCCAUCUCAUGCCUAAGCCACUUCCAUUAUUCAUCCACCCCGCCCCUGGCCUUGGCCUUAGCUUUAAUUUUCGAUCUCUCACAACAUUUUACAAUUCAUUCUUAAUUAAUAAUAUCAAAUCAAAUUUUGCUUAGCUUCUUCCAUCUCUUAAUACUUUCUUCUCCAUAUACAGUAUUUAUUAUAUAUGUACAAAUAAAUUGUGUUGCAGAUUAUAUUUCAUCAAUGCCGUCCUCAUUCAUUGUUCUUCUCUGCUUCCUGCUUGUGCUAACCACUUCUUAUGAUGCUGCUGUUGUUCACAACAGCUAUGGGGACAAACAGGUUUUGUCAUUGCAGAAGCUUCAAGGGAGAAAGCAGCUGUACAACAACCAGCUUAACCCUACAAGGUGUCCAGCCCAGAAAUCAAGGAGAGAAAAUGGCGCGAUAGUACUGGAAAUGAGGCAUACAGAUCACUUCUUCAUGUCUUCUGGAUCAUUGAUAAAGAAUUGGGAUCAAUGGCAGCAGCAACUUAUAAGAGAUGAUGAAAUUCGGGUUGGGUCAAUACAAUCGCGGGUCAAGAGCGCAGAAGACUCAGCCCAAUCUUUUACCCAGACCCAACCAAUCACAUCCGGUCUCAAACUACAGACUCUAAACUACAUUGUGACCAUAACCAUAGGCACCACGAACAUGACAGUCAUUGUAGACACCGGGAGUGAUCUGACAUGGGUUCAAUGCCAGCCGUGCACCUCAUGUUAUACCCAACCACAACCUCUCUAUAACCCCGAAUCCUCGCCUUCGUUUCUUUCCGUUCCAUGCAAUGCCACAGCCUGUCAUAAUCUCUCAACCGGGAAUUCAGGUCUCUGUAGGGGGGGCUCAAGCGUGUGCAACUACACGGUAAGCUAUGGGGAUGGGUCCUACACUAAUGGGGAGCUAGGUAGGGACCGUUUAGUUCUCGGAAGCACUUCCAUUGAUGGAUUUGUGUUUGGGUGUGGGAAGAACAAUAAAGGUCUGUUUGGUUCAGCCUCAGGCCUAAUGGGGCUAGGAAGGAGUGACCUGUCUUUGGUUUCUCAGACAUCUGAUGUUUUUGGAAGGGUUUUCUCGUACUGCUUGCCUUCUUCAACUGACUCUGAGAAUUCCAAGGGCUCCUUGGUUUUCGGAGCCGAUUCGCUGCUUUUCAAGAACUCUACACCCAUCUCUUACACUGCAAUGGUUCAGAAUCCACAGCUUUAUAGCUUCUACAUUCUCAACCAUACAAGAACAAGUAUAGGUGGGGUUGUGGUUCAAGAUUCCAACAGAAGCCAUAUGAUGAUUCUCGAUUCAGGGACAGUUAUUACCAGACUUCAACCGUCUAUCUACAAGGCUUUCAAGGCUGAAUUCUUGAAACAGUUCUCAGGAUACACUAUAGUGACAGGCUACUCAAUUCUAGACACUUGCUUUGAUUUCUCAGCCUAUGAGGAGGUGAAUAUUCCAACUGUCACACUUCAUUUUGAGGGUGGUUCUGAGCUCAGCGUGGACAUCACUGGGAUUUUCUACUUUGCUAAGAGAGAUGCUUCUCAAGUGUGUUUGGCUAUGGCAAGCCUCACUUAUGAGGAUGAUAUUGGGAUUAUCGGAAACUAUCAGCAGAGGAACACCAGGGUUGUAUACGACACGAAUAAUUCACGAGUGGGGUUUGCAAAAGAGGUUUGCAGUUUCGUGUAAUAUGGCCAACUUGGGAAUUGACAGUGUGGCAAAGCCUGAGCACAACAAGCCUUAAGAACACUACCACAGUAAUUGGUGUAAUAUCUGCUAGUUUUAUGUGCUAGGGGUUGCAGUAUGUAUGUAAUGCACGGAAGUUCUAAAAGCUAACAAUGUAUCAAUGUAGCACAAUCAAGAGGGAUGGACUGGGCCCGGGCAGCCCGACACGGGCCCGACUCGGGAUCGGAACUGUUUGUACCGGCCCGGGACUGGUUUUCCUGUACCGGUACCGACCCGGGACCCGGACCGUGGGUAGAAUGUGUCGGGCUUCGGGCUUGAUUUUUUGGGACCAGCCGGGGCCGGGCCGGGCCUAUCCGUUACUUUUCAUUUUUUUAAAAAAUUAGAGGGUGAGCCAGACCCAGGACCGACCCAGGCCCGGUACUGUUUGAGCCCAGACUGGGACCGGUACCGGACUAAAACGGGUCGGUACUAGGCUUCACUUUUUCAGUACCGCGACCCGCCGGCCCGAGUCCAACCCUACAAUCAUGUGUCAUAUUCAUCUAGAGGUCUAUGGUGCACAGCUUUGGGAUCAAUCCAAGUAAUAAAUUGUAUAAUAACCUUUUCAUGAUUAGUCCUAUUUAC